AUGUCCUUUAAGGACAUACCAGAAGCUAGGAAGUGUAUGAAGUUAUAUUCUCUGGCUAACAAGAAAAGAUCGAAAUUGGAGAAGAGUGACCUAGAAAGGCUUAGGUAUACUUGUGAUAUUGUUGGUUGUCCCUUUGUGUGCUUAAUAUCAAAAGAAAAGUUUGGUGGGGUUAAAAUAAAGACUUUAUCUUCUGAACAUGAUUGUGGCACUGCAUUUGAUAACAAGACUGUUGAUUUUAGUACCAUUGCACAAUAUUUCAAGAAGAAGUUACAGGAUAAUCCUAAGUACAAGGUUAGGGAGAUGAUAUUAGAUUUGAAAAGAAACUUUGAGCUAAAUGUUAGUCAUGGGAAGUGCAAGAGGGCAAAGAGGAUGGUAUUGGAGUCACUAGAUGGUAGUUUUUCAGAUGAGUACAAUAAACUAGAGGCUUAUGCUAAUGAAUUGAGGGAAAGUAACCCUGGUAGUGAUGUGGUUGUUACACUUUCAAAGAGUGCACUUGAAGAAGGAAGAAGAAGGUUCUUGAGAACGUAUGUGUGUUUUCAUGCUUUGAAGAUGGGUUUCAAUCUAGGAUUUAGACCUUUUAUUGGUUUGGAUGGUACCUUUUUGAAGGGCAAAGCCAAAGGCCAACUGUUAGUGGCAGUUGGACAGGAUUCACAGAAUCAUUUUUACCCUUUGGCAUGGGCAGUUGUUGAUAAGGAGAACAAAAAUACUUGGAAUUGGUUCCUACAGCUGCUACAAUCUUCUUUGGACCUCAAGGAAGGGGAAGGAAUCACCUGCAUGUCAGAUAUGCAAAAGGGACUGCUUGAUGCAGUCAAAACAGUCCUUCCCCAGGCACAUCACAGGUACUGUGUUAGACAUAUUGAGUCUAACUGGUGUAAACAGUUCAACACUGGGGAAAACAAGAAGCUUUUAUGGUGGUGUGCAUGGUGCACAUAUGCAGAAGAUUUCAAGGAUCAGCUAGGAAAAUUAGGUGACUUGAACAAAGAUGCUGUAGAGGCUUUGUUUAGGUACCCACCCCAGUCUUGGUGUAGAGCAUACAUGGACAUUGUAUGCAAGAAUCAGUCGGUUGAUAAUAACUUGACUGAAUCAUUCAACAAGUGGAUUGUGGAUGCAAGGCAUAAGCCUAUAAUCAAGAUUCUAGAGGACAUCAGAAUCAAGACCAUGAACUUGUUAAGAGAACAUGAAGAAGAAGUUAGGAGCUGGAGAUAUGAUUUCAGUCAAAAAUGCAUGGACUUGUAUAAUGAGUACCUGCAGAUUGAACAAACCGCCUGUGAAGUAAAUGCAAAUGGUCAAAAUUACUAUGAAGUAACAGAAGGAUCUGACAAGCAUUGUGUUAAUUUGGCUGUGAAGAAGUGCACUUGCAGGUCAUGGGACCUUACAGGAAUCCCAUGUCCACAUGCUAUUAGAGCUAUACUUCAUGACUCUGGUGAUCCAAUGACUGAAAUCAACUGGUGGUAUAGCAAGGAGGCAUUCCUGCUGACUUAUAGGCACAAAAUACACCCUGUCAGGGGAGAAAAGUUUUGGAAGAUUGAACCAUCUCAAGCAAUGGAGCCUCCAGAGCUUGUGAAAUUGGUUGGUAGACAGAGAUAG